AUGCGGCGCGCAACUCCCCCCCUUCCCGCGCCCGCCAUGCUCUCUCACCGUCGUCCGCGCGCGCAGCGCAAGGAGGCGCGCGAGGAGCUGCAGGGGGAGGUGGCGGCGAUGCGGCGCGUGGGGGGGCACGCGCACGUGGUGGCGCUGCGCGCGCUGUUCGAGGACGCGGAGAGCGUGCACCUGGUCAUGGACCUCUGCGCGCACGGCGACCUCUACGACUACCUCAUCGCGCGCACCACCCUGCCCGAGCCGCUCGCCGCUGACGUCACCAGGCAGAUCCUACUAGCCCUACACCACUGCCACGCGUCAGGAGUGGUGCACCGGGACAUCAAGCCCGAGAACAUUCUCCUCGCUGCCAAGGACGAGGCAGCGGGCAAGCUGCACCUCAAGCUCGCGGACUUCGGCCUGGCAGUGAUGCUGCGAGCGGGGCAGCAAGCAGUGGGCAUGUACGGCAGCGCUGUGUACAUGUCUCCGGAGGUCGUGUGCCGCCGCCCCUAUGGGCCCGCUGUCGACCUCUGGGGGCUGGGCGUCAUCCUCUACACCGCCCUCUCAGGCUACAUGCCGUUUUGGGGCAGUACGGACGAGCAGCUGUUCUUCCGCAUUCUGCGCAACCAGCCCGACUUCUCCAUCGCGCCCUGGCCCUCCGUGGCGCCCGCUGCCAUCGACCUCGUGCGCUGGCUGCUCUCCUCCGACCCCGCCCACCGCCCCUCCGCCGCUGUCGCGCUGCACCACCCCUGGCUCGCCCAACACUGCGGCCGGGAACCCGUUCCCUCGCCCCGCCCCGCCCCGUCCCCGUGUGUUCCGGUGGGGGCGCCAGGAUGGACGGGCGAGAGCGGUGUGGAGGGCGGCAGGGAGGGGAAGAGAGAGGGGGAGCGCGUGAAAGCAGCAGCAGAGGCGGGUGGGGGUGCAGCUGUGCCGAGGGACUCGGAGGGGGUAGGCAGUGGGAGGGGCGGUGCGGCAGGUGCUGCAGCAGCAGCAGGAGGGAGCAGAGACACGGAGAUGGGCGGUGUGGAGCCGCAGCGCACCUCGUGGGACGGCGCUGCAGGCAGUGAAGCAGCGGCAGUGCGAGGAGAGGAGAGGGGCAGGCAGGAGGGCAAGCAGGAACAGCAAGGAGAAGAGGGUGGGAGGCAAGAGCAAGGGGCCGGGGUGGCGGCGCAUGGCAGCAUGGAUGUGGAUUCACAACAGGGUGCGAGCGCGGUACAGCAGGGCGGGCGGCAGAAGCAGCCCAAGGCGCCGCCGAUCCAGCUGCCUCUCUUCGCGUCCUUCACUGGCCCCGCCUCGCCCCUCUUCUCCUCGCCCACCUCCGCUGCCAAUCGUGCUGGCAGCAGUGGCGGUGGCAGCGGUGUGUUCCUCUUCACUGCACGCCCCACCAGCGGCAGCAACAGCCACGCAGGCUCGGGUGGGAGCAUGUGGGACAGGGAGGGCAGCAAGGCGAAGCACAAGGAGCAGCAGAGGCAGCAGGUGCAGCGCCACUCGCAUGCUCACAAGCAGCAGCGAGCUUCUGCGGCAGCAGGCAGCAAGGAUGCACACAAGGAAGGCACCGCGAAAGCACCCGUGGAAGCAGCAGAGCAGAAGGCGCGGCGGUCGUCGCACUUCCGGUUCUUCUCCCCCAAGCGCAAGGCCCGCCGCUCCCACGUCGUUGUCUCCACCACCCCGCUCCCUGCCCCUCCGCCGCCUCCCCUCUCCUCCCCGUCCCCAUCCCAUUCCCCUCUGGGCGUGUCUCAGCCCAACGCCCAGGUCACCCCCCCUGCUGCCCCCUCUUCCUCUGCGCCCAUGGCCUCCAUCACCGUCCCCCUCGUGCGCCGCAACCCCCCUUCCACUGCCGCUGCAUCCCCCGCCGCUGCUACUGACGCUGCUGCUGCUGCCCCCACGGAUACUGCUGCUGCUGUUUCCACUGCGCCUGUUGUGUCUGUCACCAUCCCUGUCAUCCCACCCAAACCCCCUCUCGACCCAACCCAAGAGCUCCCAUCCGUACCUGAGAUCCAGGCGCGCCUAUCCGGGCCUGACGGGUCCAUAGCAGUGUCAUCGCUCUUCUCCUUCCUGCGACCGCUCAACCCCAUGGCCGCCAGGAAGUCCUCCUCCUCCCUCUCCCGCGCUGCACACCGCCCCGACUCCGACUCUUCCAUGUCCACAGCGCCGCCCAGCUUUCUCUACAGCCCGCGCGAGCCCCUCAAGUCGCCCCACCACCACCACUCCUUCUCUGCCGCCGCCAGCAGCAGCAGCGGCGGACUGCUCCCCUCCAGCAGCGCUCCCCGUGCGGCGGCGGCUGCUGCGUCGGAGCCGUCGUUUGGGUUGGGGCGCCUGGCGCGGCCUCUGCAGGGCAUGGCGGCCCUCAUGCGCCCCGCCUCCCCCUCCGCCUCCUCACCCGCACUCGCCCCAUCGCCGUCAGACUCGCCGCAGCACAGCAUGGGAACGGGGAUGGGGCGAUCAGGAGCAAGUGCGCACACACAAGCACACGAUGAGGGCUCCACAAGCACAGCACCACGCACACACCUCACCACCUCCGCCAGUGCACCCAAUGUAACCACCAUGCCUGCUGGCACUGCUGCUGCUGCGGAGCCUGCAGUGCCGCAGGCGCCUCGCCGGGCCAGAGGGCUCAGCUCCAUAGUGAAGGCCUUUGCCUCGCUCUCCACUGCUGCUCCCCUGGGGAAUGUGGGGUCCGGCCAGCAGCACAGUGGGUGGGCCAUGGGUGGUGGUGGUGGUGGAAGAGAGAGUGCGAGGGGGGGAGAGGAUUCACACAAGGGGCAGCAAGAAAAUGGGGAUUCGACGAGUGUGAGUCACUCAGAAGCGGUUAGUGAAGACCAACCCCCCAUAUCCACAUCUCCCACCCAUCCCACCCCCUUCCCCCUUCCUCCCCACCCAAAUGGCUCGAAGCAGCACAGCACGUUCACGGGGGUUGGGGCGGAACCAGUAGGGCUUGGAGCAGCGCAGUGGGUUCACGGUGGGCAGCAUUGUGGCUCGGAGCAGCGCAGUGUGUUCACGGUGGGCAGCACUGUGUGGGUGCCGGACGAGGAGGACGCAUGGGCGGAGGGCGAGGUGGUGGGCGUCAAGGAUGGCGCCGCGGGUGCAGGCGGGCAGGUGGUGGUGCGCACCACAGGGAAGAAGAAGCGCGAGGUGGUGGUGCGCACCACAGGGAAGAAGAAGCGCGAGGAAGUGGUGCUAAGGGGUGGUGCUGACUGGGGGGGUGCGGGCGGGCAGGUGGUGGUGCGUACCACAGGGAAGAAGAAGCGCGAGGUGAGUGUGGUGUGGUGUGGGGACCUGCGGGCAGGUGGUGGUGCGCACCACAGGGAAGAAGAAACGCGAGGUGACGGUAGCAGCGGGUGCGUGCUAUGCUAUGCAAGGGAGGAGGAUGGGGGCAUUAUGGCCAACAAGUGCCCAUUCUCUGAUGACCUCAAGUGCCCAUUCUCUGAUGACCUCAAGUGCCCAUUCUCUGAUGACCUCAAGUGCCCAUUCUCUGAUGACCUCAAGUGCCCAUUCUCUGAUGACCUCAAGUGCCCAUUCUCUGAUGACCUCAAGUGCCCACUGCUGUUCCGCUCUCAUUGCCCAUUCUCUCACACUCUCUUUCAUGCUCAGGUGACGGUAGCAGCGGGUGCCUGUUACGCGAGGGAGGAGGAUGGGGGAAUCAUGGACGACAUGGUCAAGAUGGCCUACCUGCACGAGCCGGGGGUGCCUUUGAGUCCACUCAAAGCCCUCCCCUCUCUCCCUGCCCCCCUCCCGCAGGUGACGGUAGCAGCGUGCGCGUGCUAUGCACGCGAGGAGGAUGGGGGCAUUAUGGACGACAUGGUCAAGAUGGCGUAUCUGCACGAGCCGGGGGUGCUCUGUAACCUCAUGCUGCGCUACCAGCGCAACCUUAUUUAUACCUACACAGGCAGCAUUCUGAUAGCAGCGAACCCCUUCAUGCGCAUACCAGGCAUCUACGACCGGGAGAUGAGGGAGGCGUACAGAGGGGCACAGAUCGGUGACCUCAGCCCGCAUGUGUUCGCCAUUGCUGAUAACGCGUACAGGGCGAUGGUGGACGAUAAGCGCAGCCAGUCGAUUCUGAUCAGCGGGGAGAGCGGGGCGGGCAAGACGGAGACAACGAAGCUGGUAAUGGAGUAUCUGGCGUCCGUGGGGGGGCGGUCCGAGGCCACCGAGGGGCGCAGCAUUGAAAGCCAAGUGCUGGAGUCAAACCCAUUGCUGGAGGCCUUUGGCAACGCCAAGACGGUGCGAAACGACAACUCAAGUCGCUUCGGCAAGUUCAUCGAGAUCCAGUUCGACCAGCGCGGCCGCGUGUCCGGUGCCGCCAUCCGCUCCUACCUUCUAGAGCGGUCCAGAGUGGUGCAGAUAGCAGACCCUGAGCGCAACUAUCACUGCUUCUACCAGCUCUGUGCGGGUGCAUCCCCUGAGGAAGCAGAGAAAUACCGGCUGCCUCCAGGGCCUAACAGAGCGGAGAAGUUUCACUACCUGAAGCAGAGCAAGUGCAUUGAGCUGGAGGGGAAGCGCAGCAACGCGGAGGAGUAUGUGAUCACUCGCAACGCCAUGGACGUUAUUGGGAUCUCACAGGACGAACAGGCAUCAAUAUUCGGCAUCGUGGCGGCCAUUCUGCAUCUGGGAAACGUGGAGUUCAAGGAGAAGGGCGACAAGAUGCGCAUCGCCAAGAGCUCCGAGGAGAAUCUUGAGAACGUCGCUCACCUGCUCUCGUGCGACAAGAAGAAGCUGCAGGAGUCACUGUGCACAUUGAAGCGCAAGGUGGGAGGCGAGGUGAUCAAGAGCUAUCUGGACGAGAAGGGGGCUGUGGUGCGCCGAGACACGCUCGCCAAGACACUCUACUCCAAGCUCUUUGACUGGAUAGUGGAGAAGGUGAAUCGGUCCAUUGGCCAGGAUGCCAACUCCAUGGCUCUCAUUGGCGUGCUUGAUAUCUACGGCUUCGAGCACUUCAAGCUCAACAGCUUCGAACAGUUCUGUAUCAACCUGGCAAAUGAGAAGCUUCAGCAGCAUUUCAACCAGCACGUGUUGAAGCUAGAGCAGGAGGAGUAUGAGCGGGAGGAGAUCAACUGGAGCUACAUCAACUUCCGGGACAACCAGGACGUGCUAGACCUCGUUGAAGGGGAUAAGGGCAUUCUCACACUGCUCGACUCAGCCUGCAAGCUAGCCCAGUCCACGCCAGAGUCCUUCACCAUGUCGCUGUACGACGCCUUUUUGAAGCACGAGCGAUUCACCAAGUCCAAGGGCUCCGUCACUGACUUCACGCUGGAGCACUACGCGGGGCGAGUUAAGUACAGCACCACGGAGUUCAUCAGCAAGAACCUCGACGCCGUGGUAUCAGAGCACGAGGCGCUGCUGCAGAAGUCCACCGACCCGUUUGUGGCUGCGCUGUUCCCUGCGGCUCAAGAGGAGGUGAAGGAGGGCGGGGGGAAGGGCGGCAAGGCCACCACCAAGUUCGCGUCGUUGGGGAAAUCGUUCAAGCUGCAACUGUCGCAGCUGAUGGACACGCUGAACCGCACAGAACCGCACUACAUCCGGUGUAUCAAGCCCAACUCCAAGAGCCGGCCGGCACUGUUUGAGAAAAGCAUGGUGGUGGAGCAGCUGCGAUCGGGGGGAGUGUUGGAGGCCAUUCGCAUGUGCUCGGCGGGCUACCCCACUCGCCGCCUCUUUGACGACUUCAUCGACAGAUUCUCGCUGCUCGUGCCCUCGCUCUUUGACAAGGAAAUGUCGGACCCUGAGUACGUGGAGGUCAUUCUGCGCCAUGCCAAGCUGGAGAAUUACCAGAUCGGAAAGUCAAAGAUAUUCCUGCGAGCGGGGCAGAUGGCCCUAAUGGAGACGUGCCGGCUGGAGAUCAUGAACGCUGCUGCCGCCCGCAUUCAGCGUGCCACGCGCCGCUUCCUCUUCCGCCUGCACCGCGCCCGCGCUGCCCUCUGCAUCCAGAAGCUCUGGCGCGGUGACCUACAAGGCACGGGAGUUCGUGUACCACCUGCGGCAGCGCCUGGCAGCAACGUGCAUUCAGCGCAUGGAGCGGGGCAGGCAACAGCGCAUGCGCUUCCUCACACCAUCCCUCCUAUCCCCUCCUUUCCUUCACCCCCCCUUCCAGCCUACAAGGCACGGGAGUUCGUGUACCACCUGCGUCAGCGCCUGGCUGCAACGUGCAUUCAGCGUAUGGAGCGGGGCCGGCAGCAGCGCAUGCGCUUCCUCGUGCUGCGGCGGGCAGCAAUCACCAUCCAAGCCAAGUACCGCAUGCACCUCUAUCGCAUGCGCUACCUGCACAUGCGUGACAACCUCGCUGCCACCUGCAUUCAGGUGUGUGGCAGUGGUUUGCUUGUGGUCAGCCAAGCAGCAAUCACAGCAGCAGUGACCAUCCAAGCCAAGUGCCGCAUGCACCUCUAUCGCACGCGCUACCUGCACAUGCGCGACAACCUCUCUGCCACCUGCAUUCAGGCCCCAUGCAUGCUCCCUUUCAUCCAUACCACCUCACCUCGCCAUUGCCCCACGCCUCCCCUCCUACCGUAUCCCCCAGACUUCUCCCACUCCCGCUCUGCCCCCCUCUACCCGCCGCUCUCCAGAGCCACUGGAGCAUGUCACUGGCGGGGCUAUGCAGCUCGCAAGCCCUGGAAGGCCCUGCGCCAGUACUUCUUUGCACGGCUGGCGAGGCUGCGAUAUAAGAACCUCAAGCUGGAGGCGGCUCGCAUUGCUGAGCUGGCGCCGCCACGCAAGAAGACGGAGGUGGCGAUGGAUACAAUCCGCAUGAUGGUGCUGCGCGUGCAGAGGGACAAGGCGGAGAAGGGGCGGCAGGCGUUGGAACGCCAGCUGGCGGAGGCGAGAGAGGAGGUGGAGCGGCGGGGUAGGGAGAUUGCGGCUCGAGGCAGGGAGAUAGCCCGGCUGCAGGAGAUGCUGGAUGCGGAACAGGCCAGGGCAGAGGCUGCAGAGGCGGAGGUGAGGGAAAUGGUGGCGGAGCGGGAGGAGCAGCGGGAGGAGCAGCAGCAGCACUUGGUGAAGAUGAAAGAGCUCUCUGUGUUGCCUGAUGCGCUGAGCGAGGGAGAGGGAGAGGAGGGAGAGGAGGAGGGAGUGGAGGAGGUGAAAGAGGUGGCGAUGGAGGGGGAUAGGGAGAAGGAGUGUGUUGUCGUGGGGGUGGAGGGCGGCGCAGACAGGACGGCGCUUGCCAACCAUUUCUUGCCGCCAAUUCUGGAAAGAUCUGCACAAAGCGAGGCGGAUCUAGUGGAGGUAGAAGAGAGGGCCGUGAACAGAGGAAAGGACGGCGAUGGGAACGAGGAGCAAGGGGAGCAAGGGGAACGCAAGGAGCAGCAGGCUCAGGAGAAGGGGCAGGAGCAGGUGCAGGGAGGAAAGGGCGAGGGGCAAGGGGGAGCGGCAGCAGCAGCGGGAGGCGAGGAGCACAAGGGAGGGAAACCUCGACCUGUGUCGCCGCUAUCAGCCGGCGCCAGUGCCAUCCGUGAUCGGCUCACUCUGGACGUUGGUGCUGGCACCACCACCAGUGGCGCCGCUGCUGCUGCCACUGCAGGGGCAGCAGCAGGGGCAGCACCUGGGGCAGCAGCAGGAGCUGGAGCAGGAGCAGCAGCAAGUGUAGGCCCAGGCGGAGGCGCCCCUCUGCCUCCCAGCGACGGCAGCAGGCGCCCCAUGCGCCCCCGUGCUGCCUCCUCUUCAGGAUCCAACUGGCAGGUCGCCUCAGAGGACGGGGACUUAGACCAUGAGGGCGCAGCAGCAGCCGAGCAGGACCGAGAGCCCCUGAGUGCUGACAGGGGUCCGCUUAGUUCAGAACGGCCCAGGAGAAUGUCGGCUGGCGCGGGAGGGGGUGGAGCGGGAGGGAAGGAGUUUGGCCGGUAUGGGAGCAGCUCGUUCCGGGGCUCGCCGGCUCGGGAGUUUGAAGGGGGAGCGCGGGUGGGGCGUGGGGAGGAGGGGUCGUGGAGUGGGAGGAAGCUGGGUGGAGUGGGGUCGAGAUCGGCUAGGAGUGGGGCGAGUGAGGCGUCGCCGAGGGGAGGGGUGGGGAUGGGGAUGGGGACGCCGCCCACGCCUGGGGGGAGUGGGGCGGGGACGCCGCGGGGGAAGAGCCUGACGUUUUCGGCGAGCAACUUUGAUAAGAUUCUGGCGAGCAUGCAGCGGGAAGUGGAGAUUGCACAGAAGAUGCGUGAGGAGAACAACUGGCUGCGGGCGGCGUACAAGGAGGCGGUACACAAGGCAGAGGUGGCAGCGGCACUGGCGGGGGCGGAGAGGGCGAGAGCAGAGGAGGCGGAGAGGAACGUGGCAGCGCGGGAGGAGGAGAUGCGGGAGGCACUGGCACGAUGCCAUGAGCUGCAGGAGAAGCUGCUCGGGAAAUCGCGCGAGGUGCGCACGUUGAGUCAGAGGCUGAUUGCCUUCCAGGCCAGCAUGGCCAACGCCAAUCCGGCCAUGCCCAUCGACAAGCAGCAGGAGGUGCUUCUGAACGAGAUAGCUGUCAGCCGCUUCCCCUUCGGUCCGCAAGGCCAGCCAGUGGCAGCGUGUGUGGUGUACCGGUCGCUGCUGCACUGGCGAGUGUUCCAGGCCGAGAAAACCAACGCGUUUGACCGAAUCAUUGAGACCUUCCAGAUGGUGUCUCGCUCCGAUGACAUGAGCACCUUGAGCUACUGGCUCAGCAACCAUGUGGUGCUGCUGUACCUCGUGCAGGUGGUGUACAAGGCCCCAGCAGAGAAGCCCAAGUUGGAGCGCGUCACCACGUUUGGCUUCUUCGGCGCUCGCCCCCCCCACUCCGGUGAGAUGCAAUGCAGUGCUGUGGGUGCGACGAUGCAGCAGGUGGAUCUGAUGCUCCUCAAGCAGCACAAGGAGCCGCGACCCAGCGCAACGAUGCAGCAGGUGGAUCUGAUGCUGUUCAAGCAGCAGCUGGCGACCGGCAUCGAGCGGCUGUAUGUAACCAUCCGUGACAGUGCCAAGACAGAGCUCGCCGUCCACUUCAACCCUCAGCCUGAGGUGCGCGCGCAGUGGUGUCCGUGCACGUACAGCAACGGGGAGAGGAUGGAGGAGGGGCUAAGCUGUCUGGAGCAGCGAUGGAUGCCGCCGUUGCAGCCUGAUGGUGCGAGCGCAGUGGUGCCCGUGCACGUACAGCAACGGGGAGAUGAUGGAGGAGGGGCUCAGCCGUCUGGAGCAGAGCACCUGAUGGUGCGCGCGCAGUGGUGCCCGUGCACGUACAGCAACGGGGAGAUGAUGGAGGAGGGGCUCAGCCGUCUGGAGCAGUGGGUGCAUGACGUGGAGGUGCAGCUGAGGGAGGUGCUGGGGGGGGAGAGGGAGCCCCUGAGGAAGGAGCUACGGCACCUGCAGCAGACCAUUCUCUUCCUGACCCUGGACCACAAGCCGAGGCGAACACUAGAGGAGCUGCGCAUGCUGUGCCCUGAUCUGAGCAUGAGCCAGCUGGUGCACAUGUGCAUCUGGACACUAGAGGAACUGUGGAUGCUAUGCCCUGAUCUGAGCAUGAGCCAGCUGGUGCACAUGUGUAUCUGGUACGAGGACGACAAGUACGGCACCAAGGGCGUGGAUACAAGUUCAAUUCAACCGUUUCCCCUUGUCCCUCCGCUACCCUCCCACCAGACCCUGGACCACAAACCGCGGCGAACUUUGGAGGAGCUGCGGAUGCUGUGUCCUGAUUUAAGUAUGAACCAGCUGGUGCACAUGUGCAUUUGGUACGAGGACGACAAGUACGGCACCAAGGGUGUGGACCCGAGUGUGAUCGAGCAGAUGUGGAGCGAGAUGGUGGAUGACAGCCCCAUGCUGCUAAGGGAUGGCGAAGGCAUCCCCUUCACAACGGACGAGAUCGUACACAGCCUACCCGAGAUAAACCUGGACGAGGUAGAGCCUCCCCCCGAGCUCCAAGACGACCCCACCUUCCACUUCCUCCUCCCCCUCACCUCCAUCCCCUCCGUCCCCUCCACCCCAACUGCUGCCUCGCACACUCCCCGCAACGCCUCCCCGCGCCUCCCUCCCCCUUCCGUGCCAUCAUCCAUCCCCCGAUCGGCCUCACUCUCUCAUGCCCAUUCUCGGCCCGGCACCGCUCCCCACCCUAUGGGGGGUGGUACUCCUAGGGCUGCUGGGGCGUCGUCGGUUGCGAGUACGCCUCGUGUGCCGUCGAGCCCUUGGGAUUACUUCCGAGGGCGAGGGGCGUGGAAGAAUGAAGAUGCGUGA